AUGAGAAAAGUAAAUGACUUCCUCUACCAAAGGCGAGGCUUUGGUGCUCAUACAAGACUAGAUCCCUUAAUAGGGAAAUCUCCUUCUUCAGCUGGGGUUCCUCCCAAGUCAACCAAACCUAAGACAUUAAUGUCUCAGUCUCUUCUAAAAGGGAAUGGGAUGGCUAGCACUAAUCCAAAUCCCAAAGAAAACAACCCUCGGGUUGUCACGCUUCCUAAGCAAACGCUUGCUGAUGAGACUAUUGUCAUAAAAGUGACAGAUGAGCGUAAGAAUAUUAACAAGAACUUUGAGUGCAAAAAGAGCAUUCUUCUACGAGAGAUGAAAUAUUUUGAAAGCCAUCUGAAGUCCACAGACUCUGCAGAGGAUAUUGACAUCAGUGUGCACUGAGAUGUCACUAUUUUUGAAUGGUUAAUGAACUACAUUAACAAUAAGGCAACUAAAUUGGUGAAACAGAACGUUAUUCCAAUACUCAUUUCAGCAGAAUUUUUGAUUAUCAGAAGACUCAUUGAUGAAUGCAUCGAGUUCAUAGUUAAUAAUAUUUCAGAAGUGGUCAAAGUACCGAUUGACAUGAGCUGACUAAGUAGAGAAGUGUUAAAGAGACUUGCCGAUGCUAUGACGUUAGACCAGCUGGAUGCUUUUAAGGACCCAAAAGAUUCUCUCCAAUCUAAAUUGUAUGCUCAUAAGUUAGAUGAUUUAUUGAAGAUUGAUCAAAAUAAGUUAUCUAGAUGUAUUCAUUGAAACAUCCUGUACACUGAAGCACAAUCCAAGUGGAUGACUUGCCCCAAAGCAGGAAUUUUUAUUGAUUAUCGUGGAAGGGUCAUUGCUAAUCAUCAAGCUGAUGCUAACUGGAGUAUUGAUGAAUUUUUCUCCUUUCUGAAAAAGAAUAAUGUAUCCUGGAGAAGGAUCUUUUGGAAGGUUUGGGCAAGAUUACUUACUGAUGAAUGCACAGCUUGAGGGCAAAGAUUUGUCUUUUCAGAAUCAGACCAUUGAACCUAUCAUACAGAACAACCAGAAUUCUUAUAUGGAUCUAAUGCUGGCGUUUAUCCUUGAUGACAAGCAGAAGCUGUGAGAUUUUCAACCGGUGUACAUGCAGGCGGAUGUAAAAACCAAAAACAUACAUUCACUUACCUCCAGCCUGAUUCAAGAGAAUAUUAUUUCCUUAACAAGCACUAUGACGUCUUAAAAGAGCCUUUCUAUCAUUCAUCAUCUCCUAAUGAAACCAAUGAAAAUAAAUCUACAACUGAUAUUACUGAGGAAGAAGCUAAAACACCUCAGGUUAGACCAAAAAUGAUGUCCCUAUUGACACUAGUCAAAGAGUUUUCAUCGAGCAAGUACUUAAAACUUAGGAAUAACAAUUGAUUCAAAUGAGCCCAGAUUGGCACCUGAUGAAACGACUGAUUGAUGAUGGAAGAUGAAGAUGAGAAUACUCCUGACUUUAACUUUGUCAUUCCAAAGAAACUCAAGCCUGCCUCUCAAAGUAAUCCAAUCAAACUAGUGAAGCAGUCGAAUUCCUCAACAGCUGGGAAAUACAAAAUGUGGAAAUAUGAUUACUUCAGAGAUAGUGAUAGAGACGCCAUGAAUGAUAUUACUAAGCAGCUUAAGAAGGAAAGAGCUAAGACUAAGACAAAGGGAGGGUCUAAAGGAGGAGCUAAGGGGACAUCAAAGUCUACUAUUUCAAAAGCAAGCACUAAGGCAGGAAGUAAGUUGUCCCACAAGUCAACGCAUAAACCCUCUGGUCCUAAGUCAGGAGUAGGGUCGUAUAGGAAUAAGAACGGUAAGGCUCGCUAGAGUCUAAAGGUUUUCUUAAUUUUUACUAUAAAUUUUACCUAUU